AUGGGAGGUAUCCGCUCCGUUACCGCAUCGGAGGGAACAGUCGAAGUGUUACAGCGGCUCAAGAUCGACGUCUUGAAGAUAUUUUCGUCCAACGAUGUCAAAUUGUUUAAAACCAAACAAGAUACCUUGCCAAUUGACGGCCAUGUUUUGGAGCGGUAUCAGCUUGAGGUGAUGAUAAAGUUCCCACCCGCAGGAGGUAUUGAAGGGACGACAACAACAGCGACAGUGCCAAUAACUACAACAGCGACGACAACAACAAUGACAAUAUCAACGACAACGCCAACAAUAACGACGGCGACAUCGUCAACAACAACAACCCCGACAACAACAACGACACCAACCACAACAACAGCGACAACUCCAACAACAACUACGACAUCGCCAACAACGACGAUGACAACAGCUACGACAACGCCAACAACCACAACACCAACGACGACGCCAACAACAACGACGACGACAACUCCAACAACAACGACGACACCAACCACAACAACAACGACACCAACCACAACAACAGCGACAACUCCAACAACAACUACGACAUCGCCAACAACGACGAUGACAACAACUACGACAACGCCAACAACCACAACACCAACGACGACGCCAACAACAACGACGACGACAACUCUAACAACAACAACGACACCAACCACAACAACAACGACACCAACCACAACAACAACGACAAUUCCAACAACGACAACGACGACGACUCCAACAACAUUGACGACAACUCCAACAACAACAACGACAACCCCAACAACGACGACGCCAACAACGACGACGACAACUCCAACGACAACGCCGACAACGACAACUCCAACAACAACGACGACGACAACAAUUACGACGACGACGACAACUCCAACGACAACAACGACGACGCCAACAACGACGACGACAACACCAACAACAACGACGACAACCCCAACAACGACGACGACGCCAACAACGACGACGACGCCAACAACGACGACGACAACUCCAACAACAACGACGACAACCCCAACAACGACGACGACGCCAACAACGACGACGAUGCCAACAACGACGACGACAACUCCAACAACAACGACGACAACCCCAACAACGACGACGACGCCAACAACGACGACGACGCCAACAACGACGACG